AUGAAUGCGCUGUUGGCUUUGUUGGUUUGUCUAUUCUUUGUUUGCCCGAUACGGUGCAACGAGACCCUGAAGGUCCCAACUGUUCCUGACUGCGCACGAGAGUGUUUUGAAGAGGCGAAAUCAAACUCUGCCUGCUCAGUUGAUCCGCAAUGCCUAUGCACAGAUGAACCCCUCCGUGAGCAUAUCCUCGCCUGUCUUCAACAAUCAUGCCUCCCGGAGGACAUAUUCGCCACCAUCAAUGCAACCUCGAAUGCUUGCAAUGCACCUUUCCGAGAUAAGCAUGUGAACUUCAAUAUCUUGACUACGACCUUGACCAUCGUUGCCUCCGUCAUAGUUGGCUUGAGGUUGAUUGAGAGGCUGCAGUGUGGCUCGGGCCUCUACGCUGACGACUAUCUCAUUAUAUUCAGCCUUAUGGUUGACGUAGCGAACUCGGCAGUUUGCGUUUUUGGUCUUUCACCCAAUGGAUUGGGAAAGGAUGCUUGGACUGUCAGUGCUGACCAGAUUACGGCUUUCCUACGCUUCCUUUUUGCGGGUUCACUUUUAUACACCACCACAGUCUUCUCUGUCAAGAUCUGCAUCCUUCUCUUCUACCUUCGAAUAUUCCCAGGAACCACUGUUCGAAGACUUAUAUGGGCGACUCUUGUUCUUAACACGGUCAGUCUUGCAGUCUUUAAUAUCGUAACCCUAACGCAAUGCCGCCCGAUCAGUUAUUCCUGGCAACGUUGGGAUGGGCUACACGACGGCCAAUGCAACAACAUCAACGCCAUGGCAUGGGCCGGCGCUGCCAUUAGCAUUGCCAUUGACCUCUGGAUGCUGGUGAUUCCGCUGUCGCAGAUCGCACAUCUGCAUAUACAUUGGAAAAGAAAGCUUGCCGCUGCCCUGAUUGUCACGGUUGUCUGCAUCCUCCGACUUCAUGCUCUUGUGGCAUAUGGCCAUACCAUCAACCCCACGUGGGAUGCGUAUUCUACCUGCUAUUGGUCCAUUAUCGAACUCAAUGUCGCAAUCUACUGCGUUUGUAUGCCGAACCUCCGGCUUCUGCUCCUCCGAUUGUUCCCAGGGAUUGUUGGGUCGUCCGGUACGCAUUCGACCAGUGUUGGAAACCGACCAUCAGCAUCUCGCAUAAGAAUGAGCAGGGUCAAUUACCCAGCAGACCACAUCACCAGCACCGAUGACAUACCGACUUCGCAACAACACUUUCAGCCGAAAGGCUUUUCGAGCACUACCGAGUUGGUCGAAGUAGUACGGCCCACCAGCGACGGCAAAGCUACCGUUUAG